AUGAUUACCAAAACACUUUUACUUAUUUUUAAUUGUAUAUUCGUCUCUGUUCCUAUUUUGUACGUUCCAAAUAAAUCCAACUUUAACGAUUUAAAUCAAAAAACAUUUCUUCAUGUUUCAGAUUUCAUCAUCAUUGCAACAUCACUGCUAGUAGUUAAUUGUACUAACACGUGCACCAUAACAAAUGAAAUUUCAAAUUGUGUAUAUGAAGUUAUAUGUGAAAAAUUUGCUGGAGGCGCAUCAAACCCAAGUUGCAGCUCUGAAGCAUACGUUACUUUCACAAUGAGAAAAUCUACAGUUGAAAUACUUAGUGCUGGAUUUUUUGGACCGACAAACUUUGAUGUUCGAGUUAAAGAAAUCAGAGCGACUGAUAAUAAAUGGACUAAAAUUUCAGAGCUAGCAUUUAGAUAUUAUACUAAGACUCAGAUAAUGGAUCUAUCAAAUAAUCAAAUAAAGAGCAUAAAUAAUUUAGCUUUUAAAGGCUUACAAUCACUUCAAUCACUAAAUUUGUCGAAAAAUUCGAUUAAUGAUCUUCAAUCGAUGUCACUGGUUACAUUUGAUAAUAAAGAUUCGGCAGUUACUAGCUUAGACCUUUCAUACAACGAACUCGAAAGAAUGCCCUUUGAUAUAUUUCAGUAUUCGAGUAAUUUAAGUGAAUUGUAUUUACAAAAUAAUAAACUAACUGUAUUAUCUGAUGACAUCUUUAGAAAUUUGAAAUCGUUAACGAUCUUAUAUUUACAAAAUAAUUUAUUGGCUGCAUUUAAUAUGACUUUAAUAAAUUUAAAAUCUUUGAAAUAUUUAGACGCGUCUUACAAUAAUCUUACACACGUUUUCGGUUACGAACUUAACCGUUUGACGGCUUUGAUAGCUGUUAAUUUUUCAAAUAAUGCAAUUGAGACAAUAGAAUCAAAUUGCUUCAACCAAGCUUUUAAUUUAGAAAGUCUUGAUCUCAGAAAUAAUAAAAUUACACAAGUGAUUGAUAAUGUCAUUUUUAUAAAUAAUGUUAAAUUAAGUUACUUAAAUUUAGGACAAAACCGUAUUACUAAAAUUCAAGAUAAUGCAUUUAAACAUAAUAUAAUAAGUAAUAUUAAUUUUGAAAGUAACAAUAUUACAGGUGUCAUUACAAAAUUCACAUUUAUUGGUUUAAAAAAUGUGCCUGCACUUAGCCUCUGUAAUCAAAGUAUCACAACUAUUGAAGAAGGUGCUUUCAUUGAUAUGAAUUCCUUAAAAAAUUUAAAUUUAAGUCGAAAUUAUAUAGAAAUAAUAGAAAAAAAAUCAUUUCAGGAAUCAGGUAAUAUGGAAAUUUUAGAUUUAUCCUAUAACAAAAUAGCUAGACUUGAUUUUAUUAACAUGGUCUUGACAAAUAUAACUGAAUUGUACUUAAACAAUAAUUUACUAACGGAAAUAGCAUCAUACGAUUUCAAAAACCAGACUCAGCUGAAAAUAUUAGAUCUAACGAUGAACAAUAUUAAAAUUAUUAGUAAAUACUUUAUGCCACUGAAUAAUUUACAAUAUUUAAAACUGGCUGGGAACUCACUGACUGGCACCAUAACUUCAGACACAUUUAGUCCCGCACAUUAUCUGAGAUACUUAGAUUUGAGUAACUUUAACAUUUCAAAAAUCGAAAGUAAUGCAUUUGUAAACAUGUCCCGCUUGGUGCGGCUUAAUCUGUCAAAUAACAUUAUAGACGAAAUCGCUCCGAAUAGCUUUAAAAAUAUCGAUAACGUCUACUCUUUAGACUUAUCACAUAAUAGAUUAAAAAAAUUAGAGUUGACAGAACCAUUACCAAAUAUUAAAGCAUUUUAUCUGAACAAAAAUAAUUUAACGAUCCUUCCAAAUGUAACUAUGAAUGGAUUGUUAUAUUUAGAUUUAUCUCACAAUGACUUGAAAAAUUUAUCUGGAGAUAUGUUCAAAGACAUGAAUAACCUUAAAGCACUACAUUUGUCACAUAAUAAUUUAAAAUCAAUCAAAAAUCUUUACGCGAAUUCAUUGUCAAAAUUAACAGAUUUAGGGUUGUCUAAUAAUGAAAUAGCUUCAAUUAAUUUGAGCUACUUUAAAGAACUAAUAAGCUUAGACGUCAGCAGAAAUAGUAUUAGUUUUAUAAAUAGUUCAUUUUUGGACGGUCUCGACGCUUUGCAAUCUCUUGACAUCAGUGGCAAUAACAUAACAAAGAUUCCACCAGGAACAUUUCAAAAUAUUAAAAUUUUGAAACUUUUAAACAUUUCAUCAAAUCACAUAUCCCAAUUGAGAUUCGGUAGUUUCAAAGGCUUACACAGAACCGAAGUACUAGAUCUAUCGAAGAAUGAAAUCGCAGAAUUAGACGUAAGCAUAUUACACGAAUGCUUGGAAUUAAAGAAACUAAUUAUCGACUACAAUAAAAUAAAAGUUUUGGAUAUUGAAAAAUUUAUCAUUAUAUUACCGAAAUUGAGGUUGGUAAGCGUAGGAGGCAACCCGUUAGCUUGCAAAGAAAUCGUCCUUAGUAUAAGGAAUAUCAAUCGUACAUUACCUUUUCAUCCUUUAGAAGUUACAUCAAUAGAAAAGAUUUACCAUGAAGAUAAUGUGUAUGGUAUAAAAUGUGGUGAUGUCAUCAACAGUACUUCUGAUUUUUCUACUAAUAAGCCAAUCGUUGAUAAUAGCAAAGAGGACAGUUCUAGUUCUCUUUUCACUGUAGUAAUGAUAUGUUUUUUGUUGUUAAUAACGUUUUUUGUAUUAGCUGGGUUAGUGUUAUUCUUUUUUAAACGUCAUUACUAUAAUAAUAUGUAUACAACAGAAUCUAGAUUACAAAUGGCACCAAUGAUAAUUUCUAACUAGCCUGAUAAAAAAUUAGAUUUAUAGGAAUAUAUAUAUAAGCAAUAAACACAUUUUUUUAUUUAAGACUA